CUUAGCUGGAUAGAGACACUCCGUCACAUGUCACAUCAAGCUACAAGAAGGUAUACAUCAUCUCACCGAAUUCUGCUCGAACACCGCAUCGAUAUCAGUUAGCGCCAACAUGAAGCUCCUCCUUACAUUGAUGACUUUAACCGCCUUGGCCAUCUUCGGUCUCACGGAAGCUACGUGUCAGUGCGAAUGCUCAGAUGGCUGGAGCCUAUUUGGCAGGAACUGCUAUCGAUUCUUCUCCCCAAAAGUCAACUGGCAAACCGCUCAUGACGCAUGCCAAGACUUGGGGGCGGACCUUGUCUCGAUACAUGACGAAGCCGAGAACGCAUUCGCCUUCGCACUCAUUUUGACCGACGACGGUAAAAAGCCCACGAGCUGGUCUGCCUUUGCUUGGAUCGGAUUACAUCAACCGAACGAACCCUUCGUUUGGUCUGACGGUUCUUGCCUCAACUACGAGAACUGGGCCCCCGGUCAGCCGGAUGACGCCCGAGGCGGGGAGGAUUGCGGUCACUUGCGUAAUUACGGUCCGCCAGGAUCAUGGAACGAUUUGGGCUGCAACAAUAGAAUCGGAUAUAUCUGCAAGAAGUGAUCCAUGGCUUAGCCGGUUCGUCGUCUAUCCGAACCUCCACUACACGAGCCAGAUCGACUACAGACAUCUUCUUUUUCUCAUUGUUCUCCUUUUUCUUCCGUUCUGCUUCUUC